AUUGAUCUUUCUUGCCAGACCCAAAGGUCAACAGAGAACUUGUGACUACAAGUGAUAUUAUCGGAACGAUAGAGAUAAGGAAUAUCUAAAAGGGAAUAUAUAUCCCUGAAGGACCUCUGCUUUAGGGCCGGGUACUUUAUCUGUGGAUCAGAUCAAGGACUAGGUUGAGACUUGAAUUCUUUUGCAUACAAUUCGAGCGCCUCUAGUGAUGCUCAUCCUACUACUCUCGUCAGCGGCGCUUGAUGCAUCGACGGCAACCCUAAUUUAAAUGUAAAGCUGGUGACUGGCUACAAAAUAUGUCCCGUGUGUGCAGCGCUCAAGCAGCAAGCACGAAUAUAACGCGACCAUAUUACCCCGGAUUUACGCCAUGGACCAUCAUUUACAGUCAAUACGGAACAUAGAACUCUUCGAAAGUUGAAUGGUGUCCAGUAUUAGCCGCCGGCAAAAUGGGGCUCCCUUAAUCUGGUUUCCCCGGACCAAUUUCCUCACCAAGCGCCGGCAAAAUUCAGCCUCAAUGAGAUGGAUGGUGAUAGUACAUUAAUUAAAUUAUCGAAAACCGAGGCGAGAUGUCUUUGCACCGUUUUGCCGUCCAGCUAACCGUUACGUGGGUUUCAACUCACGUAUAUAGCAGCAAAAGGCACUUCCAGAAGCUUGAAGCUUAGCCAUCUCGACACCCACUCCACCGAUCAGCGAGAAGUUCAAGUCGAUAUACUCACUCGAAAUGCUGUGUUCAACGCUCCUAGUUACCCUUGCGGCGGUGGUCGGCGCCAUCGCCUCCCCCUUGGACCUCAUCACGCGCACGUCGCCCGGCACGGGCACACACAACGGGUUCUUCUACUCGUUCUGGACAGACGGCCGUGGCUCCGUAAACUACAACAACGGCGCGGCCGGGUCCUACGAUGUGACCUGGAACAACGUAGGCAACUUCGUGGCCGGAAAGGGGUGGAAGCCAGGCGCGUCUCGCGUGAUCUCCUACAAUGGAACCUGGAAUGGCGCCAACGUCAACUCCUAUCUCUCUAUCUACGGCUGGACGCGUAACCCGCUUAUUGAGUACUACGUUGUUGAGUCCUACGGCACGUACAACCCGUCCUCGGGCGCCCAAAGGCGCGGCACCAUCCAGUCCGACGGCGGCACCUACGACAUCUACCAGACGCAGCGUGUCAACCAGCCUUCUAUCGAGGGCACUUCCACGUUCUACCAGUUCUGGUCCGUCCGCCAGCAGAAGCGGGUCGGUGGCACGGUCACCAUUCAGAACCAUUUUGACGCCUGGACGAACGCCGGCCUAAAGCUCGGCUCUCACGAUUACCAGAUCGUCGCCACUGAGGGAUACCAGAGCAGUGGCUCGGCGAAGAUCCAGGUGUUGCAGUCCUGAGACAUCGCCUGCUAUUAGGAGGUCUGCGGCCAAAAGUAUAGUCGAGGAGUCAGUUGAUCGAAGCUUGGCGGAUGACGAGAUGAGGAAUUGUGUUCGUUGCUUACGGGAGAUGGUGAGCACUGUUGUACAUAGCGUAUGAGACGUAGCAAUAAGCUCAAGGAAAACGUUUAUAUUG